GGCCAUGACCCAGCCGUUUGGCCUGCAUAAACUCGUGUUUCUAUAAACGUUUUUGACAUAAACUGACUUUGAACAAUCACAUUUGAACCACUGAGUCUUUAAGCGUGGAGUGAAGCCAUCGAUAUGACGAAAUAAUUUUCUUCUGCUAUGUGGCUGCCGGCGUGAAUGGAAAUUAGUCGUGAUUGCACAGAUUGCGUGUGUUCCUGCAUCCGUGUUUUCUUACGUACUGGCACUCUACGUACAUUUUUCAUUAACUUGUGUGGAUACCGGAAAACGAGUUUAGGUUGAAGCUGAGGUGCUGCACUUGACAUAAGUGAACCUGUUUAUCCUGGAAAUAUCCGUUUGUCGUAAGGAUAGACCGAAGAAGAAGCAAUUCACCUUACUGAAACGCAUCCCACCACGUGUGCCAAUAAUAUAAGCACGAUGGUUUCAAAGGCAGUGCCAGAGGACGUGUUAAUGAAUGGAGCGCUGAUCAGGGAUUUAGAAGCUGUGGCCAAAGACACGGCCCUUCUGCAUGGAGUUUUAAUGAGGACAAAGGAGUCUCCAAAUUCGUCAGAGGUGGUGAGCUAUGCCCCAAUCACGCUCUUUCCUUCCCCAUUACCAAAAGUGCUCUUCGACCAGGGGAUUGCUGUGCAGACACAUUUCAACCGGCUGGUGGACAAGAUCAGCCAGGAUUCCAAAUUCCUCCAAGAGGCCCUGGCCAGCACCAUCAAAGUGGAUGAUUUCACUGCAAGGUUGUUCGAUAUAUACAUGCACAUUCUUCAAGAAGGGUGUUCCCAGCCAAUAGCUGUGGGCCUGAAUCGAUCUGACUACAUGCUGGACCGAGGGACAGAUGGAAACACAACCUUGAAGCAGAUUGAGAUCAAUACCAUUGCAGCCAGUUUUGGAGGGCUUGCUUCACGGACUCCAGCUGUUCACAGGCACAUUCUGAAGGUUGCUAGUCGAUUAGAGGAGCAGAAAAGGAUCCUGGACAAUAACCCAGCGGCAGGGCUCGCCAAGGCCCUGGCUUUGGCCUGGAAGUUGUAUGGCUCUGAGAGGGCUGUGGUCAUGUUUCUGGUGGAGGAUGUCCAAAUGAAUAUCUAUGACCAUCGAUAUGUUGAGAAUGAACUGUGGAACAGAAAUAUUCCAGUCAUAAGAAGGCGGUUUGAAGAUGUAAGUAAGACUGGAUUGCUGGACCAGGACAAGAGGCUGUUUAUAGAUGGUCAAGAGGUUGCAAUAGUGUACUUCCGCAAUGGAUACAUGCCUCAGAACUACACGGAACAGAGUUGGGAGGCAAGGCUUCUGAUGGAGCGGUCUCUGGCAGUCAAGUGUCCCGACAUCGGCACCCACUUGGCUGGAACUAAGAAAGUGCAGCAGGAGCUAGCCCGACCUGGGGUCCUGGAGAAGUUCUUUCCGGAUGACCCGGAGGCUGUGGCUCAGAUCCGAGCAACUUUUGCUGGACUUUAUUCCCUGGACAUGGGAGAGGAGGGAGACAAGAAUGUGGCUAUGGCCUUGGCAAACCCAGACCGGUAUGUCCUGAAACCCCAGAGGGAGGGAGGGGGUAACAAUAUCUACGGUGCAGACAUCUGCCAGGUGCUGUCAGGAGUGAAGUGCAGCUCAGAAAGGACAGCCUACAUUCUGAUGGACAAGGUCCAGCCCCAGCCUGUCCACAACUAUCUGCUGAGGAGCGGCUGUCCUCUGAAACUCAACACAUGUCUGAGUGAGCUUGGCAUCUUCGGAGCCUAUGUGAGACAGGGGACAAAUAUGCUGCUCAAUGAGUGUGCCGGACAUCUUCUUAGAACCAAAAGUGCAGAAUAUUCCGAUGGAGGUGUGGCAGCAGGAGUGGCAGUCCUGGAUAACCCACUUCUCCUCUGACCUACCUGGUGGACCCAACCACCAGGUGGAACAGUGACGGACCAGAAAUACCUCAAAUGGCCUUCCUUUUCCCCCAAGGGUGCUGCUCUAUGCUACAAAUAACAAAAAAUUGUAAAUGCAUAUUUUUUGAUGUGCUGCUGGAUGUAUGCAUUUCAAAAGACAGUUUUGGUCUUGGGGGUGGGUGGGGGGUGUGUGGAGUUCAUAGAAACCACAUUGGUUCAGAUAUUGACAUUUACUGAUGAGCAGCCUUGAUGUAGAGAUUGUAUGAAAAAUUGUAUGGAAAAAUGAUUUUUGAACACCUGACAAGUGAUUCACAAAUGGUUGUGUGGGAGUAGAAAACCAUGAAAUUUCAUAGUCCGCUAACUCCUACUAACUGUCAGAGCAGAUUUCCCAUUUAUGUUCAAAUGUACUGUAGGUGUAACCUUUGCAAGAGUAUAUGUUUUGAAAAUAUAUAUUCUUUAGCAGUAGGUCUUCGUUAGUGAUGUGCUUCAUGGCCCUACUGAGGCAAAUUAUUUCACAAUAAAAUAAGCAUGUGCCCAACUUCAAA